AUGACUUUACCUGUUCCUACAAUUUCAAUCACUGACCCAGACUUGGAGAGCCAAGAUUACAACAUGGCAGCAAGCGGCACUGUGACGCCAAAUUCACCAGAUUCACCUACUGUGUUUGAUGUUGUGAAAGAGAUGGAAGAAAACUCGGCUCAACCCUUUGACGAAACAGAGCUGGAAGAACAGCUUGAUGAUGAAAACAGCAGCACCAAGAGGAAGAACAAGAGGGAAAGCUUUUCUAUUGACGACGACGAUGACGAUCAUAGUGGACACAGCACCAAAAAGUCGAUCAAAUCAUUCUACCAUCAGAAAUGUAUCUUGAUCACUGGCGCCUCUGGAUUCAUUGGAAAGGCUGUGCUGUGGAAACUGAUUCAUUCAUUGUAUGAUUCAGUCGACAAGAUCUUCAUCCUAUUGAGACAAAAUAGACAGCGCUCUGCCAAUGGACGUUUGCAGGAUGACAUUCUAUCCAACAAGGCUUUUCUUAGUCUGCGUAGAUCAAUGGGAACCGAAAUGUUUGAUGAAUUUGUCGAGGAAAAGAUCUAUCCCAUCUUUGGUGAUUUAACAGAGGCCAACAUUGGAUUAUCCGAAGCGGAUUUAGACGUGCUUUGCAGCCAAAUUAAUGUGAUCUUUCACUGUGCAGGCAAUGUGGAUGGCAAUGAAGGCAUUGAGACUACAGUCAAAAUCAACACACUAGGCACCAAGCAACUGUUUGAUUUUGCCAACCAAUGUCACUCGAUUGACGCCUUUAUUCACUUAUCCAACAUGCAGACAUUAGCAUCCAAACCAUCCGAUGAAAAGUACCUUUACCCCAUCUCCACGUUCGAGAACGCAUCUCCCUCACCAACCCAAAUAUUGGCUGAGAUCCUGGAUCCAAAUCCGGAAAAGCAACAAUACAACUACUUUAGACCUCUCUACAGCAAUGCUUAUUUGUAUUCCAAAGCCUUGACAGAACAUAUCCUGAUAGACGAAGUGAUGAAGAAUAAACAGGGAGGCGGCAGGCAGUUCCCCAUCGCCAUUAUGCGAUUAGGUCCUGUAGGACCGAGUGUGCAAGAACCUUUGGUGGGCUGGGCUGAUGGUGUGAAUGGCAUCAACGGUACUAUCCUACUGACAGGCAAAGGCAAUAAAGUCAUUCAGCCUCAUAUCGGAGAUGGCGUGGCUGAUGUGGUUCCUGUGGAUUAUGUCGCUCGUUUAAUCAUUGGUAGUGCAGUGACACUGUCUGUACCUCAAGACUUUGAAGUACCUCAAGUGGCACUCUUGGCAGAUGAGCAACAGCCACAGCAACAGCAAAAACAACAAAAGCGCCAAAGUGGCUCCAUGGUAGAUGAACAGCCCUCACAACAGCCAGAGAGGCCCUCAGAUCGUGCAAGAGCCCAUAAACGAACAUCCAGUACAGCAAGCCGCAUGUCCAUGCGAAGCAUCUCCAAGUACUCUAUGCCCAAAUCAUUCUUGAGUGGUCAUCAGGAACACCCAGCCGUACCUGUCAUCUACCAAGUGUCUAUGUCAGACAUGCGUCCUGUCACAUGGAGAAUCGCCUAUGAUGCUAUCCGUCAGUAUUGGACAAAGGCCACGCACAUCAACUUGCCACCAUCCAAAGCCUACUUUAACGCAUCGCAGAGAAACACAGGCUCUUAUGGUGCUUCUGGUGCUGCUGCUGGGUCUCCUGGAUUAUCCCGUGCCCGCACUGUCAUGAACUCGCUGCGUGGCUACUAUAUGAACGCAUCAUCAUCCGAGACGACAUCCAGUAACAGCAGCAGCACAGCAAUAGCACCUUCACCCUCGCAUUCCAGCGAUCAUCUGAGCAACGGAGGUGGUAUCACAAGUCCAGCCAAUAAGAGAAACUCGCACCGUCUUAGUCGCACUGUAGACAAGGCAGCCAAAUUAGCCAACACCAUCAGCAUCUAUGGAGGCAGCCCUGCCAACAGCAGUAAUCAAAUCAGCGCUCAUCUGACACAGCUCAUUUACGCCUUACGCAGCUUGGACAGCAACAUGGAUUUUGAUGCCAGCGCCAUUGUGCCUGAGGAUGUGGAUGGACAGUUUUGGGUCAACUACUUGACCAAUGCCAGUUACGGCAUUCAUUACUUUGUAUGUGGCGAGACCAAUCUGAGACUCCCUACACCUGUCUAUGGCUGGAGCUGUGGAAUUCAGGCUACUGUGGAUGGCAUCUCAGAGGAUGACGACGACUACUUUCAGCAUGUCAUGAAUCGACACGUCAACAGUGCCAUCUUCUCUCAAGAUCAGAUUGCGCAACGUACAGGGCGCAUGGUGGCCCACAUCAAGAGUCUGUUGAUGCACAACAAUCUCAAAACAGAUGACGAUGCCUGGCUGACAGAUUUAGAUGAUGCGUUGGAUGACUGGUGCCAAGACAACGAUGUGGCGAACCCUGAUAAAGACCGUCGAAUGGCACUUGGCAAAUGGCGUCGCAAAGUGGGCAGCAAUGACGAGUCUGUCAAGAUCAUUGUGCUCAAUGACAAGCGAGUAAAUCAAGCCAUUACUCAAAUCACGCAAAAUGCAGGUGUUCCCAAGCAGACAGCGGUGAAUGAGGCCAUGAAGAUCUUGAUGCGCAUGAGCGAGAGAACACAGCUGGCGUUUGUCUGGUUUGCAGGCUCCUUUCUCAAGUCGCUGCUGGAGGACAUGUUUGAACACGUUCGCAUUCUGGACGAGAGUCUAAGAGCCAUUCGACAGACCACCAUGGGAAAGAGAGUCGUCUUCGUACCUGUGUCCAAAAGUAUGCUGGAUCCCCUCUUGGUGUGGUACAUUGCCAUUCGCUAUCAUCUGCCUGUGCCGGCUUUGGCGUGCGAUGAAGUCAUGUCUCAAAUGGGCCCCAUCUCGGAUGUCUAUCGCCUCGCUGGUGCUUAUUACGUGAAACGCGACAAGACAAAACGUUCUCCACUAAAUUCUGCUGUCACUGCAGCUUAUACACAAGUGUUACUUCGAGAGCAUGGUGCCUUGUCAUUCUGUCUCGAGAGGUCCAGAUCGAGAACCGGUAAAUCUCAAGAAGCGUAUCCUGAUGGCUUUGUCGAUAUGAUCAUUGAAGCGACGCUGCAAACCAACCAAACAGCGAGAACAUCGUCCAACACCUCCAGUGUCAUCACACGCGUGGCUUCGACUGACAUCAAUACCCCUCCUGCUUCACCGGAUUCGCCUUCAGCCUCUAUCGUAGAUAGUCCUACCAUGAGCAUCGACAGCUUGGCUCACAACUUUACAGCCCCCGCAUUGCAAAGAAAAGUGCACAAGGAUGUGGUGUUUGUCCCUAUCAAUAUCACUUACGAGAACGUGCCUGAGUUACCCCAUUUGAUCGACCAAGUGCUGGAUCAACAACCUACGCGUGCUGGUGGUGGUAGACAGCGAUCCGCAUCCCAAUCCAGUCUAUCAUCUACCCUUCCUCCUAUGCCAUCACAGAGACCUCUCAGACCAAGUGAGGCCAAGGACAGGAGAAAGACGUUGUUGGAAGGCACUGAAGCACCUAAAAAGUGCGGGCGUGUGACAUUUGGUGUGGGUCCAUUGAUCAGCGUGCAAGAUGUAGCAGAAGAGUUUAACAGACAUUCCAAUGGCAGCAAUGCCGAGACUUACGAAGCGGAUUUGGUCACUGAAAUCACAAAGCGUAUCCAUGACUCUCAAUGCAAGGGCUUGGUUGUCUCUCCAGUAUCCAUUGUCUCUGCUGUUAUCCUGUAUGGCCGUGCUACACACGGUGUUUGUAUUGGAAAGAUCAAGGAAUUGAUGGAAUGGAUGCGAUACGAAAUCAAGCGUAGUGGCUAUUCCAUUGAUUGGCAGGAGGGCGAAGACUUGGAUUCUCUCAUUUUAACAGCAUUUAAAUUACUGGAUGAACCUAAAAACUUGAUCAUUGAUGGCAGAGAAAUCAAUGAUGAUACCAACAUUCGAGUGAACGAUCAUGCUGACAAUGUCAUGGCCCUGUCCUACUAUGCCAACCAAAUGGUGGACAUCUUUUUAUUAGACUCUUUCUUUGCUAUUGUCUACUUGUCCUUUUUGGAAGAGUCUGUGUUAGAAGAUGAAUUCAUGGAUCGCUUCCGUUUCUUGCUUCAAAUGCUAGAGAAGGAAUUUGUGCUGGAUUGGGACUUGGAAGAGAAAUUCAAUACUAUCGUUGCUUCUUAUGCUCGCAAGCAGAUUAUUCGAGUCAAUGACAACCGUCUAUCACUGCUGGUUAACAUGGAGAAUGACCCCAUGCGCUACGAGCAACUGAUAUUCUUGGCUUCUCUUGUCUAUCCCACUGUCGAUGCUUACUGGAUCACAUCGUGCUCGUUAUCUGCUCUAGAAGCUGUACCCAUGCUUCCUCGAUGCAUUGUUCCGCUCUUGACUCAAUGGAUUGCAACACAUCUCAUCACUGGCCGUCGCACCAUUUACCGCGAAGUCUUGUCUACAGAAUCCAGUAAAAACGCAGUGGAUGUGUUUAUGUCUAUGGGCUUCUUGACCGAAAUUCAUGCAAAAGAAAAGCUGUCUCCAGAUGCACAAAUCUUGCUGCAUGAACUGGGAAUCCCUACAUCGGAGGUACUAAUUGAACUCGCUGGACAGAACAGUGAUGGAGGAAAGACACCUGUUACGCCAACGGACCCAGAAGGCAUGAUGAAGGCUGUGAUGGCGCAAAUACAAAUGAACAGAGCCAAUUCAAACAUGGCAGACCUGUGUCAACAAAUUGAUUCCUAUCGCUUAGGAGCUGCAUCGCAAAGAGAGAGCUUCCAAAAUGCGCAAGUGUUUCAAAAGUGUCUCAAACAGAUCAAGGGCAUACUGCAAGCAAAUUCCAGUUUUGCAAAGAGAAGACAUGUAGAAUUACCCGACGACGAAGAUGGAUUGGCACAACUGGUGUAUUCAUUGUUGGCUAGCAGUGUGCCUACGGGUGACCGCGCUGCUCAGGCUCGUGCUCUUCGUCGCAUAUCUGAAGCUUAUAAUUUGAGAUGA